AUGUCCUUUACAGGUACAUUAUCGCUCAUUCUAAACGACUCAGCUUUCGUUGAUGUGGAGCCCCGCGACCCUGAAGCGGAAUGUCUUCAUCGACUGUUUCUUACUGGUCUAUUCGACACAACACCAUCGGAAGACUAUUUUACAUUUGCACCACGUGUAGAAGGUAUGCUAUUCAAGGUCCUGAUGGUGUUCAACCGUGCCAAAAUUGCCAAAGCAAGAAGGCUCGGUAUUUUUACUCCCUUCAUGCAGAGAUAG